AUUUUGUCCAUUUCUAAAGUUUGGGUUUUAAAAUUAUUUCACAAUUAAAUUAAUUCCGGUGUGGACCUGGCACACUGCACAUGUUAAAUUUGUUACCGAUAGAAAUAUCGGCAAAAAUGGAUUACCAAGACGAGGAGGAAUUGAUUAAUCCUGAAGAAAUAAAACAGGAGGAAGAAUUUAUGCAUUGCGAUGAAACCAGCCCUACAGAUUUGUCGGAGUUGCUCAGAGACCUGAAAUUCUUGAAGGAUACGGUUCUUAAAUCGGAAAUCAAACUUGGAGAAAUUGUGGACAAGUGGCAACACUAUUUUGGAGACCACAUUUCCUGCAACUUUAACUUGAUGCUGGACUGGUUGCUGUCAAUUAAGUCAUCCUUGGACGAAGUCACGCAAAAAUACAGGGCCGAUCUGAGUAUGACGACGGUCGUUCCCACAGCGUAUGUGAAGAAGUUAAUGCACGCAUUUAUUUUGGAACCCUGGCUCCCGGCUGAAACAGAAAUAUUGUUUUUAUUUCCAGGGUUACAAUGCCCACCGAAUGGACAUAAACCGUCAGUCGAAAAUACGGGUUUCCUAUAGUAACUAACUUUCUAUCCUGAUCAAAAAUACUUUAUUUUUAGGAAAUGAUCACAUUGUGUUUUGUCAGCUACAAAAAUUGAAGAAAAUCCAUGUUUUCGUGUUAAUUUUGUAUUAUGGAUCUAUAUUUUCGCCUUUUUGUGGUUGUAGUAGCUGAGGAAAUCCAAACGCUCAAAAUUACGGAGCUCAACACAAUGUAUUUUCACAAAGUAUUUUCCCCACUCUGGUAAACUGAGCUAGUUGUUUUCGUGGAUUUGGUGACUUACGGGUUUCCGAGUUAUUGGAAGUGAUCAUAAAAUUUACGAUAUCAACCGUACCGUAGUCGACUGGAAUAUCGAAUCGUAGAAUGAACAUGAACACGUAUAGUAUCGCCCCAAAUGCAGCCUCGGCACGGUUCAGAAUGCUGGAUGGGUACAAUGUAGUGGAAUAUAGGCGACAUAACGUUGCCAAGAAGUGGACAAGUAUGGUCAAAAUGACGAGCUUUUGCUGAUUUGGUGAUCUUAUAAUAAUUAUGCCCUUGACCGAGCACCAUUUGACUGGUAAGCACUUGAGAUACUCUGUGAUGCGGAGGUAGCGUUGCAACACGUAUUUCAUUUUUUAUAAAUGUAUUUAAUCCUUGUAGAUUUUUCCCGGAUUUGCUUAUCUAAAGUUCAGUUAUUAUUAUUUAUUAAUCAAGCUCGCUUCUUUACAAAGCUCGUUAUGCCUGACUCUGACAGUUGUCUGCGAAGAAUUCAGAACUUCUUAAUCCACGGUGAAAUUGUUUACGAAAUUCCUCAAAUAUGUUACAGUAAUUACUAUUAUUAAUUAAGUAGUGUUGUGAAGAGAGGAAUUGUUAUAGAAUUUCAUGUAUACACUAGAGAGCAUUAUUAUACUGGCAAGAGUAACCUCAAAAUUCAAUUCAAAAGUCAAUUAAUGAGUAACAAUACAAGGUAUUCCAAAGCUUUUGUUGCAAUUAGUAGACAAUAUAACAGGGUACGAUGUUUUUUGUAUCAUUCCACCCCAAGCCUAAUACUUUGUGAGAUAGAAAACAAGCAUUGUUCGCUCAAAUUAUUCGAAUUUUCUUCAUUAAGCCGCGAAUUCAACGAAAAUUGAACUGAUAAGUUAAAAGCCGCUGGUUUAACCUCUUCCGUACUGCGUUUAUUAUCCCUAACUUCCCCCAAAGACGCCAAAGAUACUCAUUGGCGUUACUACGGGGGCGCCAGUGAUAAUUGCCGAACACUUAUCAGAGGCGAAAUUAAAAAUACGAAUAAUUCCUUAGAGACGAUAAAAAUCGAUUUUAGAUUUUGGAACAAUUGUUAGCGGGAGUCAUGACUUAUGUGCCCGUCGGAUACGUCCGUCCGUCGAUCAGUCUUUCCAAGGACUUGAGAUAAACAACGAGUCGUAGAAGGUCGUAGAAGGUCGAAAUUUGUGACAUUCGUCAUAUUUGCGUAGUUAACUAAAAAUAUAUCGUCAGCGACCUAAUUAUUCUUAGGGGAACCCGAUAGGGUGACCCCCACUGGUUUUCGAAAAUGGUCAUAGAAGACUAAAACUUGGCACGAAGGUGAACAAUUUACGAAUAUGAAAUACAUUUCAAGAUACUUCUGUGAAUUUAUAUAUACCUAAAAGGAUGACUUGUAUUACUUUUUUAAAGUUGAUGAAAAAAAUGCUGAAAUUUUUCAUACUAUCAGAGUUAUGGUAAGAAAUAACUCUGAUAUGGUAGCUAAAAUAUGUGCAGCCUCCAGCUGAAAAUAACAACUUUUAAAAACUCGUAUGGGUCACUCUGGUUACACGUUCCUCACUUUUAACUUCACACCCUUUGAUAAGGAGCCAUUAAGCAUCGCCAUGUCGAAUUUCAGCUUUUGAAGACCAUUUCUGAAAAUCAGUUUGGGUCACCUAGAGUCACAUAAAAAUUUUACGAAUUUCACCCGUAUUCUUCCAUCAGGAGCCAUUUGCAACCUCUGCGCCAGAUUUCAGCUAGAAUGAUUUCUCAAAUUCGGUAUGGGAUCACCCCAGACGAAAUUUUUUAGACGGACAGACCACUAUGACGGCUACACAAGCCCUGACUCGGGCUAUAAAUUAUGAUUUUCAUAGAAAAAUCAAAAUAUUAUGGCAACAAAAGUCGAUCGUCGUCUCCAGGAUAUUUUUUUUGAGUCGACUAUAGUCGACCGUCGUCUCACGGGGAUGUUUUGACUUAGAGACAAAAGUCGUCUUUAGUCUCCAUGGGACAUUUUAAAAAGGCGACAAUAGUGGUUUAUCGUAUCUCAGGAAUUAAAACAAAAUGCAACAAUAGUAGCCCUUCGUCUUCAAGAGGUUAAGUAAUAAACCAUGUUAUAACCUGCAUGAUUUUUCUAAGUUUAAACCUGUAAAAAUCAUAGGAAUAGGAAGCAAGGCUGCAAAGAUUAGUGCUCCUGUUCACGGGCUUGUACAUUAUCUAAUUGGAAAGGGGUGUGACAGUGGGAAGAAGACGAAAAGCGAAGUUUCCCGUUGCUUUAUACUGCAUCCUUCUAUGACGUGAUCAUUUAACUGAGACUUUUUUGCAUGCAAAGCCUAUGGCGCGCAGUAUCUUAAAUAUUUAAAUGAGCACACCAUACGUCCGUUGUACUAUAUUAAAAAAUACAGAUUAACUGAAAACUACUGCACUGCAAACAUUCAAAGACGUAACAAAAUGCUUAUACUUUCUCCGAAAAAUGACCUGUUUUAAUCAAAAGUCAUACGCCGUUAUGGAAUAAAAACUAAUUCCGCCCAAAUAAUUUUUCCCUCUUUCUUCUGAUGUUUUUAGUGUUGCUUGAUUUAUUUGGAAAUUUUAACUUUCUUCAAAAAUAGGUUUGAUACAAUUGGAAGAGUAUUAAAUUGUCUGUAAAUUUACAAAGAAUUGCAAUCGGUAUCCUCGCCAGUUUAUCAUUUAUGGCAAUUUGAAUUUUGGGGUUCCUCUUGUCCGAAUAAUAUUGCUCCCUAGUGUAGGUUGUAUUAAGUAAAAUGGCUAAAUAAUUACAUAUGUAUCUUAAUAGAAUUAUCAUUCCAUAGCUUCUCCAAAUAAAUAUGUAAGCUAGUAAUUAUGUCAAUGUAGUAGGAAAACCAAUUACUUGCGCAUUUUCAAAUUUUAUUAUUGAAAUUUCAAAACCUAAAUGCUUAAGAUCUUUAAUUAAAAUACAAAUAAAAUAUGUAUAUGUACUUUGAAAUUUUGAAUAUUUGGAUUAGUUUUAAUUAUACUGACAGUCCAACCGAUAAAUUAAGGAUAAAUAAUUAUACAUACUUGAUUAUACAUACAUACACAAGUAGAUAAUAUGCACGUGCGAGCACAUUUGCCUUGACAUUUUGUGAAACAACUGCGUAAGCCUUUACCUAACCAUCAAUUCUUCGAAUGAAGAUUAUUUUUAGAAUAAAUAAUAACCAACUAAUACGGAACUUGAGUUACUGGUGAAAAUUCACCAAAAUUAAAUUGAAAUUAUGGAUAAAUGUAUGGACACAUAAGAAUAUUACGAAUUAAUGUGCAAAUUUAUGCAACUCAGAACAUUUUUGAAAGACUUUUUUCUUUGCAAAUACAUGCAGAAGUACUGUAUUGUUCUCGCUUUUUUGGUGCAGAUAUGUACAUACAUAUGUUUUAAAAAUAACGUGUAAUCUUGUAAAUACAUAGUAACUUUUCAUGUGAAAAUUACUUAUACAUAAUGACAGAUUUUAUAUUUUCUACAUUUGGCGUACAUACAUAACCUUAAGAGAGAGUAAAAUGAAUAAAGAGUAAAUUUGUAAAUGAUUUGUUA